CCCCGCCCCGCCCCGCGUUGCCUAGCGACCCGAGCCCCGCCCCGUGCGCGCGGCGGUGGCGGCGCGGCGCGCAGUCGCGGCGGCGGCGGGCUCUAUAUAAGGGGAGGCGCGCGGGGCCCGGCCCGCAGCGGGGAGGAUGUCGCGAUACGGCCGUUACGAGACCAAGGUGUACGUGGGGAACCUGGGCACCGGCGCCGGCAAAGGUGAGCUGGAGAGAGCCUUCAGCUACUACGGGCCGCUGAGAACCGUGUGGAUCGCCAGGAACCCGCCGGGGUUCGCCUUUGUGGAGUUUGAAGACCCGAGGGAUGCUGAGGACGCCGUGCUGGGACUGGACGGGAAGAUAAUAUGUGGCUCCAGAGUAAGAGUGGAAGUGUCGACGGGGAUGCCCCGUCGCUCCCGUUAUGACAGGCCUCCUGCUCGGCGUCCCUUUGACCCUAAUGACAGAUGCUAUGAGUGUGGUGAGAAAGGCCACUAUGCUUAUGAUUGCCAUCGCUAUAGUCGCCGAAGGAGGAGCAGGUCCCGGUCUAGAUCCCGUUCCAGGUCCCGAGGAAGGAGGUAUUCUCGGUCACGCAGUCGAAGUCGUGGUAGGAGAUCAAGGUCAGCUUCCUACCGCAGGUCCAGGUCAAUCUCUCCUCGUAGGUAUAGAUCAUUUUCACCUCGGAGGUCACGGUCUGGAUCUUUAAGGAGAUCGAGGUCUAGGUCCAGAUCACGCUCAAGGUCUCGGUCUGUUGUAUGGCCUCGAAGCAGGUCUGGGUCCCAUGGUAGAUCUAAAUCUGGCUUACCUGCUAAAAGUCGCUCAAAGUCCAGAUCACCAUCUCCAAAGAGAAGUCAUUCACCAUCAGGAAGCCCUUGAAGGAGUGCAUGUCCUGAAAGAAUGGAUUCAAGUUUAAAAGGUUUAAGAAGAAAAUUUAUUUUGUUUACAUUAUUAUAAGGGAUUUUGUGGUGUCUUUAUAAAUGUAAGGGCUUAGUCCUAGAAGGCCGUUUCUAUUGACUAACAACAAUUGGCAUGAGUUUGGAUCUUUUAAAAGUCUUAUUAGUAGACUAAUGCAAAACUCUUUUGUUGUGUUAAUGUUCUGUGAUCUGGAAAUGUUGGGCUUUUUUAUUGGCGCAUUGAAAUAAACCGUGCAUUUCUAAC